AUGGUUGUUGGAUUGCGCGAACUGCUGGGAGAAAUUGGCGUGCGCGUGGCCAAGCCAAUGCUGAUGCACGUUGGUAAUGAAGCUGCUAUCAAGCAAAUACAGGGUGAAGACAGCGCGGGAAGGGCAAAGCACAUCGCAGUACGUCUUAAGUUUAUCAAGGAUUACAGCAAGAAACAAGCAAGUAGGGUGGUGUAUUGCGAGCCUCGUUUAAUUCGAUCUGACCUACUCACCAAGGCCGAAAUUGACAGAGCUGUGCAAGUUGAUCUCGCUGGUGUAAAGACAUCUAGAGAAGAUAUGUUGAAAGGCCGCAACUUUUCGAGUGAAGAGGUGCGACUGUUCAUGUGA